GUGAGACGCUUGCUUACAGGUGUAUUUGACGUGUGUAUUUGACGUGUGUAUUUGGCGUGUGUAUUUAACGUAUAUUUCGACCUUGUUUAGAACCACAUCCAUUAGAACAGGUUGUACUCAAUACAGGUCAAGGAAAAAAUGUAUAGAAAUCCAUUGUACAUUGAAGAGGUUCUCAAAAGCUUUGGCUACAGUGUGGUGAGAGACCUUGGAGAAGGAGGCUAUGGCAUGGUUAAACUGGCCACUUCAGAGAGGCACUCCCAACAGGUGGCCAUUAAGAUCAUGGACCGUAGGAAUGAAUCGUCAGAUUUCAAUACCAAAUUGCUUCCCCGGGAACUCGCCAUCUUAAAACGAGCUAGGCACCCCCACAUUAUUGAGGUCCUCGAAUGUUUCGAGAUGCGAGACGGCCUGGUCUUCAUCGUGAUGGAGGCUGCUGAGAUGGAUCUCCGUUCAAAGAUCCUGGAGCUCUAUCCUGGAGUCCCCAUCAACCAGGCCAAAAUUUGGUUCAUGCAGCUCCUCAGCGCGAUGCAGUAUUUGCACCAGCAGAACAUCGUCCACCGUGACCUUAAAUUACUGAAUGUUCUGCUGACGGCUGACGGACAGGUGAAGCUGACCGACUUUGGUUUGGGGCGCUUUUCAAGAGGCUUCCCUUUCCUCAGUCGGUCGUACUGCGGCACUCGCCGUUACGCCGCACCCGAGGUGAACAUAAACAGGCCCUACGACCCUAAAAAGGCAGACGUGUGGAGCCUGGGCGUCAUUUUCUAUGCCAUGGUCACUGGAACCACUCCCUUCAACGAGCAGGAACACUGUUCCCUCACAGACGUUCAGCGUGAACCUCUGAAGUUCCCAGCUGGCGUCAAAGUGAGCGGCCCUUGUCGGGACUUUAUUUCAUAUAUGCUGCGAGUCAAUCCAUUUAUGCGGCCUUCAGUCAAACAAGUGGCGCGGCACCCUUGGCUGCAGUCGAGGGAAGAGGAGUAAGUACACCGCUGUACUGGAAUUUCAGUAUCGAGUAACA